AAUCGAUCAUUUAAUCGUUUACAAAAUGAACAAAAAUCAUGGAAUCUCUGGUACCUAGAUGUUCUCUGGAAACUUGUCCCUAGUCAGAUGAGAAUGCACCAACCCCUGCAUUUCUGAUUUCUCUAAUGCUUCUGACGAAUUCCAGCUCUAGAUAAGGUAGCUAAUUGGAUUGAUUGUCAACAUAAUAUGCACCAACGCUGGAUACUGCACAAUAAACUAGUAGCUCAGUCAAUAUAGUGGGCAAUUUUAAUCUUGUUUAUUGUAACUCUAAAAUAGAAAUAUUAAACCCUUGACUCUGUUGGAAAUGGACAAUGAGUGAAUGUGCAAGAAUCAAGAUUGGUGCCGGAGUGUGCAUGUGUCUCAUAUUCAUUUCCCCUUUACGUUCCCUCUCAAGUUGUCUGGUUUUAUGUUUUAUACCUCUUGUACAAUAUUUGCAGGCUGAUGCAGAAGGUUCACCUGCCUUUGCGGCUCGAGGUUUUACUGCUGCAAGUACCUCUGGAUCUAAGGAGACUGAGGCAACUGUUUCGGGUAACAAAGAUGAUGCAGAAGGUUCACCUUUCUUUGUGGCUAGAGGCUUUGCUGCUGCAAUUACCUCUAGAUCUAUGGAGAUUGAGGCUCCAAGGCAGCAACAACCUUAUGCUGAAGAGGCUGAACAACAAGCUUACGGUGCUGCAGAGGCCGGACAACAAGCUUACGGUGCUGCACCUGCUGUGGCACAACAAGGCCAUGUUGAGCAAGCUCCAACACAACCUGGUUAUGAUUAGGUGGCGGUCGUUGCUCAAUCUGGUGGAUAUGCUGGCACACAUGUUGAAUAUGGAAAAACCGUGUCACCCCAACCUCCGCUUGUCUAUCAACAAUAUGACGCAUCCCAGCAGGUGUACACUGCACCUCGAUAGCUUGUUACAAAGUUAAUGAUGUUGAUGCUGGUGUUUAGAAGCAUUUUGGUGAUCCUAGUAUGUGGUGGUUUGCUGUUAUUGAGCACUAUUAGUAUUUUUUAGCAAGUUGUUUUUUCUACAGAGGAACUGGCAAAUUUGUGUCCUUUGAUUAGUUAGGUAUGUUACCUUAUCAUGUCUGAACUUGAGAUCCAUUUGAUAGUAUCAUAUUCACAUCUAUGAUCUAUGUAUCAGAAUUCUGACUUUCUUUGCCUGAUUAAAGACCUGCCCACUACUAUACUCAUCCUUGAAGACUCCGGAUUUUGCAGUCAUUGGUGAUUGAAAAAUUUAUAUUAAUUAAACAGCUGCCUUACCAUUCA